UAACUCCAUUUUGGAAAACAGCUGUUUGAAGACACAACCUUUUUGUCGUUGUUUGCCGACGGUGCCCUGAGAAAAAACAGCCACAGCCAGGCUUUUUUUUUUGUUUUUUAUUUAAAAACACACACUCUUCUCCACCGCAGCCUCGGUCCUCCUGUGUGUGCUCGCGGCUCCGGUUUCGGCUCAGUUCGGCGCGCUUCGUUUUUGUCCGACUGCCAGGAAACUUAACUGGGGAUCCAUGGUGUUAAAUUUCCAUUGUAACAAGUGGAUAACGAGAGGCGACCCGACCAAGGUGUAAUGAGAGCGCUGGUCAUGGACAGAUGAUGGACGUGGAGACGUCGUACUCAGACUUCAUCAACUGUGAUCGCACAGGCCGCAGGAACGCAGUGCCCGACAUCUCAGGGGAGGGGACAGAAGUGGCCAGCACCAGUGAACUCACCAAAGACCUGGCAGAGAUGGACCUGAAGGCUGCAGAAGGAGACCCGGGGGCCUCCCCAGCCCCUGAGGCUGAGGGCUCCACCAGCCAAGACGCCCAGGGAGGCGGAGGUCCAUCCUAAACUCAGCCACUGACCGAAGGGGGGCACAGAAAUGUAGAGAGGAAGCAGGUGAAAGUGGAGAGACAUGGAGAAAGGAAAGAGAGGGUGUAUAUUGGUUGUCCUAAAUGGACAUGAGGACACUUUCGCUCACUGCCGGCCUGUUUGGAGCUUCAGCGGCCCCAAAUGUACGCCUUUUUUUUGAAAGAGAUUGUAACAUGGGGAGCAGAGCAGAGUAGAACUGACAACUGAGAUGCUGCUCUUUUGCUUCAUAGUCUGUUUGGCGUUUAAAUUUCAGACGAGACAAGAAAGCACAGAAACUUUGGAUUUGAAGAUGGACUGAGCUAAACAGAAUUCAUUUAUAACACUCGAAACAUUGCUCCAGCCUAAAAUGGAACUGUGUCACGGAGGGCAUAUUCAUAAUCAUCUGUUUGUCAUUUUCUUUCUACGUAUGUGUGUGUGUGUGUGUGUGUUUGUGACCCUCUUGUUCAGUUUCAUCGUCAAGUCUUUUCUUUUUAUAGUAACCAACAUAGUCUCCAUCUUACUGUUGUGUACGGACUUCAUAUUUAUUGCUAAAUGUUCAGUGAUAACUUUGUGAUAGCAAUUUUCUUUGUGUAAUAAAAUACUUAUGAAUUACUGUAA